AUGCCUCUCCAAGUCCACCGUAUAACCUCCCCCACCGACUUUGAAAACUUCGUCGGCAUACAGAUUGCUGCCUUCGCCAAUGGCGGUGGUAUCACAUCCCUGCUCACACCCAACCCCAUCACAGACGAGUACAUUCAAGAGUUCACUGGCAAGCACAUCAAGUCGUGGCGCGAAGAGCCAGAUGUUGUUUACCUAAAAGUCAUUGACACCGAUCUCAAUGGAAAGAUGAUUGCAGGCGCCAAGUGGCGCAUCAACGAACAGGAGCGAAGUGAAGAAGAAGCGAAGAAGAUGUACCCAGUACCCGAUGAAAAAGACAAGGGAAGACAGGGCUUGUUAGACUUCAUGGCUUUUCUUAGUCGAGUGAGAAAAGAGUACAUGGGAACGAAGCCUUUUUACUUCCUGCACAUCCUCGUAACGCACCCAGAUCAUCACCGUAGAGGCGCAGGGGCUAUGCUACUUGAGUGGGGUACCAAACAAGCGGACCGCGCAAGACUGCCUGCCUUCUUGGAGUCGUCACCAAUGGGUAAACCUUUGUAUGAGAGAAUGGGAUUUCGAGUCAAGGAGGUGGUAACGUGGGAUUUGGCAAAAUACGGGUUAGAGGGUACAGAUUUCAGCACAGUGAUGCUUCGGGACCCCAUUCUGUAG